AUGACUUAUUCCGUAAAUACAGUGGUUGCCUUCCCGCGACAUUACCUAAGUCAAACAAAUGGCUCACUUACUUGCAAUUUAACGAUAGGGCAUAUCACGGCUUCCUCUGUAGUCAAGGAGGAGUGGGUACCUUUGUUGUGUGUCACAAGUGACAUUUGCAACCCAAAUGAAUACUUGGUUAUCACAGAUGCGGACUCCGCUAUUUAUAUCAACAGUACUAAAGACCAAAUUCCUAAGAUAGACUACUGCUCAAACCAAACUGAGUCUAAAAACGGAUCAGUUGUUCCAAUAGGUGAUGUCCACGUCUGUCGAAAAAGCCUCAGAUUGUCAUGUUCUGGUGUCUUAAUUCAGCUCAAGGAAGAGGAAUACGUCAUUUUAGGAAACGGAUCCCUGUACAGGAAUGACUCAAAAGCGUUAUACGGCAUUUAUGAUUUCAUGAUGACAGACGGAAUGGCUACAAUCUGCAUCAUCCCUUCGUCUGCUAAUAGCAACACUUACACGGCAAUUCUGGUUUUAACCUACAUUGGAAUCGGUCUUUCCAUUGUCUGCCUUACGCUUGUUCUUCUCACCUACUCCAUUUUUAAAGAACUGCGUACCUUACCGGGCGUUAAUUUAAUGAAUUUGUCCAUCUCUUUGCUUUUCGCCCAUUCCCUUUUCAUGACGGCGGGUGCGACUCAACUGCACCAGAUUUGUUCAUCAAUUGCCGUUCUAACCCACUAUUUCUACCUUGUGUAUUUUACUUGGAUAUCAAUCAUCGCAUUUGAUACCUACUACACUUUUUCCACAACUUGUCGCACCCGUCAAAGAACAGCAAAUCGGAAGCGUUGCUUCCUUGCGAUUGGUUUGGUUGCUAUAGGAUACGGUGGCGCGAAUCACUGUUGGAUCAACAAUACCAAGUCUAACAUUUUUGUUUUUGUUAUCCUAGUGGCUUUUUCCAUUUUUCUAAACGUGAUCCUUUUCUCGUCGACAGUUAUUUCCAUUUACAAAAUAAAAAAGCAAACACGGGUGAUUGGAGACGCCGCAAACAAUCGAAGAGAAGUUGUGUUAUUUGUAAAGGUGGCAGUCUUGAUGGGAUUCACGUGGACUUCUGAAUAUCUACCGAUUCUCGUUUCUAAAUAG